AUGUUGCUAAUAAAAAUGUCUUUUACAAAGCCAUACGUUCUCAAUAUCUUCAUCGCGAAUUACGAUAAAUAUCUAUCAUUCUUGCUACAACCGUAUCCAAUAAACCACUUCAAAAAAUUGUACAGAUAUGCCCAUACUGAUAUACCGAGGCCUAAUUUCGAAGAAUAUCGACGAAAAUCUACGCAAGAUCCCGAAAAACCGGCUGCGAAAAAUGCCGAUAGAAGAAAAGCGCUGAGCUGCGUUGCCUCUUUCACUGGUGGAGUUGCUGCAUUGUAUGCCUUCAAAGCUCACUUAUUACAUCAUAUACUUUUCUUGUCGCCUUCGCGAGAUAUAUUAGCGGAAGCUCAAUUAGAAGCGAAAUUAGAUGAUAUACCGGAAGGAAAAGUAUCGGUCAUUAAGUGGCGCGGAAAACCUGUUUUUAUUUAUCACCGGUCUCAAUCGAUUAUCGAGCAGGAGAGAGCCAUGAACUUAUCGGAGCUACGCGAUCCGGAAACGGACGACAACAGGGUCAAAAGGCCGGAAUGGCUAGUCGUGCUGGGGAUCUGCACGCACUUGGGAUGCGUACCAAUUCCGAAUGCCGGCAUUAUACCGGGCGGUUUUUUUUGUCCGUGUCACGGUUCGCAUUUUGACGCGUCCGGUCGCAUACGAAAAGGCCCGGCGGCGACCAAUUUAGAGAUACCCGAGUACAAAUUCAUAACCGACAACAGGAUCAUUAUCGGAUGAUGUGUAUAUUUUUUUAGAUUGAAAUAGAU